GCAGCUCCUGUAGUCUGGAUAAUUAGAAUCUCAUGACCCGCCCUCUCACUCCCCCCUCCUCUAACUACUCUUGCAAAUAAAACGUUCAUUCGUGUUCUUCUCGGUGAUGGAGCAAUGAGGAUGCCGAAACUGGACUUCCUGUAGAGCUUUUCCCUUUUCUACAACCACUUUUCUUUCUAACUUUUAUUUUUUUGUCCUACCUGUUCGCUGCCAUGCUGCGGGUCAUAGUAGAGUCUGCCACGGGUCUCCCCAAAAAGAAACUCGGCAGUCCUGACCCAAUCGUUUCUGUGACUUUCAAAGAUGAGAAGAAGAAAACCAAAUCGAUUGACAAUGAAGUGAACCCUGUCUGGAAUGAGGUGCUGGAGUUUGAUCUAAAAGGCGUUCCGCUGGACUCCGGCUCACAGCUAGACGUGGUUGUGAAAGAUUACGAGACGAUUGGGAAAGAUAAAUUCCUUGGGUCCACUAAGGUCUCUCUGCGAGAUCUUGCCUCUGGAAAAUCGAGAUCUCUGCCAUGCAAAAAUGUUCCUCUGGUCAAUGAGAGCGGGAAGGGGAUCGGAGCUACGAUAGACCUGGUGAUUGCCUAUGACCCUCCAGCCAAUGCCGUGCCGAACCCCAAUGACCCCCAAGAUGGAAAUGCUGCAGUGGACGCCGGAGGGGGUGAGGAUGAGGAGGGGAAUGAGACUGUUCCAGACGGGGCCCAGAGUGGCCCAGCUGGAGCCCCUUCGUCCUCCGGUCAGGCUGGGGCUCUUCGCCAGAGGCUGAACCGGGCGCAGAGUCGCCACCGACUUGCCAAUAAACCCCAGGACUUCCAGAUCCGUGUUCGGGUCGUGGAAGCCCGUCAGCUGUCCGGAAAUAACAUCAAGCCUGUGGUGAAGGUCCAUGUGUGUGGACAGACCCACCGGACGAGGAUCAAGAAGGGAAACAACCCGUUUUUUGACGAGAUCUUCUUCUACAACGUUCACAUGCUGCCGUCGGAUUUGUUUGAAGAGAACAUCAGCUUCAGGGUGUAUAAUUCAUAUUCGCUGAGGGCAGACAGCCUUAUGGGUGAAUUCAUGCUGGACAUUGGUUAUGUUUAUGAUGAACCAGCCCAUUGUGUGAUGAGGAAGUGGCUCCUGUUGAAUGACCCAGAUGACUCCAGCUCCGGCGCUAAAGGCUACCUCAAAGUCAGCCUGUUUGUUGUGGGAACAGGAGACGAGCCUCCGGUGGAAAAGAGGGAAUCAAGUGACGACCAGGACGACAUAGAGAGCAACCUGCUGCUGCCAGCAGGGGUCACCCUGCGGUGGGCCACGCUGUCCUUAAAGGUGUUCAGGGCUGAGGACAUUCCCCAGAUGGACGAUGCAUUUGUCCAGACGUUGAAAGGGAUCUUUGGAGGAGAGGAAAACAAGAAGAACCUGGUGGAUCCUUUCCUAGAGGCGCGGUUUGCUGGCAAAAAGUUGUGCACUCAGAUCAUUGAGAGGAACGCGAACCCAGAGUGGAACCAAGUUUUGAACCUUCAAGUCAAAUUCCCGUCCAUGUGUGAGCGCAUCAAGCUGACCGUGUUCGACUGGGAUCGGCUGACAGGAAAUGAUGCUGUUGGCACCACAUACCUGAACCUGACCAAGAUAGCCUCCUCUGGUGGAGAGAUAGAAGAGGAACAUGCAGAUAAUGGGGAAAUGCCAUCGUUUGAAGCUGACUCAGGAGAGUCUCAGGUGGGUUUCCUGCCCUUGUUUGGCCCCUGUUACAUCAACCUAUAUGGCAGUCCCAGAGAGUUCACGGGCCUCCCAGAUCCCUAUGAGGCUCUGAACCUUGGCGAGGGAGAAGGAGUGGCGUACAGGGGCAGGGUGCUGGUGGAGCUCUCCACGAAGCUGGAGGGGAAAGCAGACAAAGCAGUUGACAGUAUCCACAGUGACGACAUCCUUGUGGUUCAGAAGUACCAGAGAAGAAGAAAAUACUGUCUGUGCGCAGUCUUCCACAGCGCCUCCAUGAUUCAGGAACCUGGUGAACCCAUCCAGUUUGAGAUCAGCAUUGGUAACUAUGGCAACAAACUGGACACCACCUGUAAACCCCUGGCCUCCACCACCCAGUACAGCUGUGCUGUAUUUGAUGGUAACCAUUACUACUACCUGCCCUGGGCAAACACUAAGCCGGUGGUUGUUCUCACGUCCUUCUGGGAGGACAUCGGUCACCGCCUCGAUUCUGUCAACAUCAUCCUCUACAUCACACACCGCCUGCAAUCCAACCUGGAUGCAUUUAAAACAGCCAUAUUGGCUAAAGUUCCUGACAGCCAGCUGGCAGAGGUGUGGAUGAAGUUACUCAAUCAGUUGAUUGAAGACUUGGACAGUUUCCCCACCCCUGACCUGGAGGGCCGCUCCAACCUGACAUCUCUGGACAUCCAGAUCAAGAAACUACGAGACAACGCUCUGACGUCCAUCAAGAUGGCAGCGAGUCGCAUGAGGGAGGAAGCCAGGGAAAUCCCAGACACGCUGCCGGAUAUAGAGAGCUGGGCGGACAAGCUCAACCAGCUGGCCAACGAGCCCCAGAACAGCAUGCCUGACGUGAUCAUCUGGAUGCUGCGCGGCGAGAAGCGUGUGGCCUACAGCCGCAUCCCGGCUCAUCAGAUCCUCUACUCCACCUACAGCCAACAGGCCUGUGGGCAGCACUGUGGCCAGACUCGGACCAUCUUCCUGAAGUACCCCAUGGACAAGACCAAAGGCCUGAAGGUUCCGGUUCAGGUCAGGGUCAACAUGUGGCUCGGCCUCUCUGUACACGAGAAAAGGUUCAACGCCUUCUCAGAGGGAACCUUCAGUGUGUUUGCUGAACUGUAUGAAAACCAGGCUAAAGUGUUCGGGAACUGGGGGACCACCGGACUGGUGGGCCGACACAAGUUCUCUGAUGUGACGGGAAAACUGAAGCUGAAGCAGGAGUACUUCAUGCCACCCAGAGGAUGGGAGUGGGAGUCCGACUGGUUUAUCGACCCGGAGAAAGCCCUGCUAACCGAGGCAGACGCCGGACACACAGAGUUCAUGGACGAGGUGUUUCAGAACGAGAGCCGUUUCCCCGGCGGAGAGUGGAAGGCCGCCUCGGAGCCGUACACCGACGUGAACGGAGAGAAAAGCCGAAACCCUAAAGAGUUCGACUGUCCUCCAGGCUGGACGUGGGAGGACAGCUGGACGGUGGACAUCAACAGAGCUGUGGAUGAUCAAGGCUGGGAGUACGGGGUGACCAUUCCUCCAGACGAUAAGCCCCGAUCCUGGGUCCCUGCUGAGAAGAUGUACCACGUCCACCGGCGGAGGAGGCUGGUCCGGCCCCGAAAGAGAGCGGCGCGUCCGUCCGGCGCGGCACUGGAGAGAAGAGAUCAUGGUGACCCCGAGGGAUGGGAAUUCUCCUCCCUGAUUGGCUGGAAGUUCCAUCGAAACGAGCGUUCCUCGGACUCGUUCCGUCGACGGCGCUGGAGGAGAAAGAUGGCGCCCGAAGAUCGCCUGGGAGCCUGCGCCAUUUUUCAGCUGGAGGGUGCAUUAGGCAUCGAUACAGAGGACAAGGAGAACGGCUCCAAAGGCGAUGCCACCAAGCUGUUUGGGGCCAACACCCCCACCGUGUCCUGCUCCUUCGACAGGUCAUACAUGUACCACCUCCGAGUCUAUCUCUACCAGGCGAGGAACCUGACGUCUAUGGACAAAGACAGUUUCUCUGAUCCGUACGCGCACGUUUCCUUCCUUCACGUCAGCAAGACGACGGAGAAGCUCCGAGCCACGCUGAACCCGACCUGGGACCAAACUCUGAUUUUCAACGACGUAGAGAUUUACGGAGACCCCAAGAACGUCGAUGCCAAUCCUCCAGACGUGGUGCUGGAGUUCUACGACAGCGACCAAGUGGGGAAGGACGAGCAGCUGGGCCGCAGCAUUUGCGUCCCGCUGGUGAAGCUGAACUCCAGCAUGGAUCAGACGCCCCGGCUGCUGUGGCACCCCGUCAUCCAGAAGGGCCAGAGGGCUGGGGAGGCCCUCGUGGCGGCUGAACUCAUUCUGAAAGACAAGUCAGGUGAUGGGGAUCUUCCCCUGGUUCCCCCAAAAAGAGCCGAGAACCUCUACAUGGUCCCCCAGGGGAUCCGGCCGGUGGUGCAGCUGACAGCUGUGGAGAUUCUGGCGUGGGGUCUGAGGAACAUGAAGACCUACCAACUGGCGGCGGUGUCUUCCCCCAGCCUGGUGGUGGAGUGCGGAGGCCAGCGGGUGGAGUCUGCUGUGAUCAAGAACAUGAAGAAGAGCCCCAACUUCCCCGGCUGCGUCCUCUUCAUCAAAGUGCUCCUUCCAAAGGAUGAGAUGUACACUCCUCCCAUCGUGGUGAAGGUGAUUGACCACCGGCCAUUUGGCAGGAAGCCUGUGGUUGGUCAGUGCACCAUCACCUGCCUGGAGGAGUUCAGGUGCGACCCGUACGUCAUCGUUUCCGAGGGAGCCAGGGCCUCCAAGAUGGCUCUGAUGAUGACUGCGCCUCGUAAGGACGUUGCCAUAACGAUGGACGAGGGCCGACCGCUGCUGGAGGCGCAGCACUCAGAAAAGGAAAAGGAAACGGUUGAUUGGUGGAGUAAAUUCUACGCUUCAGUUGGAGACCAGGAGAAAUGUGGCCCUUACACCAGCAAAGGCUACGACACCCUUAAAGUGUAUGACCGUGAGUUGGAGAAUGUCGACGAUUUCAAAGGGUUGACCGACUUCUGCAACACGUUCAAACUGCAGCGAGGCAAGAAUGAAAACGGGGACGAAGACCCCACCGUGGUCGGAGAGUUCAAGGGGGCAUUCAAAGUGUACCCACUGCCAGAUGACCCCAGCAUUGCUGCCCCACCCCGGCAGUUCCGAGAGCUGCCGGAAAGCGGACCUCAGGAGUGUUUGGUCAGAAUUUAUGUGGUUCGGGCAAUUGACCUGCAGCCUAAAGACAACAACGGCAGAUGUGACCCGUACAUUAAAAUAUCAGUGGGCAGAAACACAAUGGAUGACAGAGAUAACUACCUGCCCAACACCCUGAACCCUGUGUUUGGAAGGAUGUUUGAGAUGACGUGUUUCCUGCCUCAAGACAAGGACCUGAAAAUCGCCGUGUACGACUAUGAUCUCCUGACUCGUGACGAAAAGGUUGGCGAGACGGUCAUUGACCUCGAGAACCGCUUCCUAUCUCGAUACAACUCCUACUGCGGCCUUCCUCAGACCUACUGCAUCUCUGGCAUCAACCAGUGGCGGGAUCAGCUGAAGCCAUCUCAGAUCCUGGAGAACCUGGCCCGACUGAAAGGCCUGUCCAAGCCCAGGACGGAGGACAACGGCACGUCGCUUACGUUCAACGGAAAAGAUUACACUUUGGCUCAGUUUGAAAACAACACGGAAAUUCACCAGCACCUGGGCCCGCCGCGGGAACGCCUUUGUCUGCACGUCCUCAGAACUCAGGGACUCGUUCCUGAACACGUGGAGACCAGGACCCUCUACAGCUCCUUCCAGCCAAAUCUGUCUCAGGGAAGGCUUCAGAUGUGGGUAGAUGUCUUCCCCAAAAGCAUCGGGCUCCCUGGUCCUCCCUUUGACAUCACACCCCGCAAACCCAAAAAGUUCUUCCUGCGAGCGGUCAUCUGGAACACCACCGACGUCACUCUGGAUGAAACCAGCAUCACAGGAGAGAACAUGAGCGACAUCUACGUGAAAGGCUGGAUGCCGGGCAUGGAGGAGGACAAACAGAAGACUGACGUACACUACAGGUCUCUGGAUGGAGACGGAAACUUUAACUGGCGGUUUGUCUUUGGCUUUGACUACCUGCCAGCUGAACAGCUCUGCCUCGUCUCCAAGAAGGAACACUUUUGGAGUCUUGACAAUACAGAGUUCAGGAUUCCUCCCAAGCUGCUGCUUCAGAUAUGGGAUAACGACAAGUUCUCAUUGGACGAUUACUUAGGCAUGCUGGAGCUGGAUUUACGCAAGCUGGUCCCUCCUGCCAAAACUCCAGAGAAAUGCUCCCUGGACAUGAUGGAUAAUCUGGAAAUCGGAACACCAGACAAACUGACGACUGCCAAGUCUCUGUUUGCUCAGCAGUCAGUCAGAGGCUGGUGGCCUUGCUCCAUCGAACAGGACGGGAAGAGAGUACUGGGUGGUAAAGUGGAGAUGACGCUGGAGAUUGUGAGUGAAGCAGAAGCAGACGAGAGACCUGCAGGAAAAGGACGGGACGAACCCAACAUGAACCCAAAGCUAGACUUUCCCAACCGUCCAGAAACCUCUUUCUUCUGGUUCACUAACCCCUGCAAGACCAUGAAGUUCAUUAUAUGGAGAAGGUUCAAGUGGGUGUUCAUUGGACUCAUUAUCCUCAUCAUCGUCGUGCUCUUCAUCGCCAUCCUGCUGUACUCUUUACCAAACUACAUCUCCAUGAAAAUUGUGAAGCCACUCCAGUGACAACGGAUCAAGCAGACUGAACACUCAGCCAAACUAAACAGGUUUAGCUUUAUUUUCACAGCUGACAGUGUUUUAUUAUUGAGGAUGGGUGUUUUUGCAUAUUUGCACUGUUGCCAUAAUAAAUGUGUAUUUUAUGUAGACGGCUUCAAGGCGACAAACAUGGGACACUGUUGACAUUUAACACUGCAGUGCAGCCUAAAACCUCAGGUGGUUGGACCACUUUAAUGUCUGUUGUAAGGUCAUGCAGUCUGAACGCAGGUUCUGGUUCUACGUUGGUAUGGAGACAAUUUUAUCCACACAGUCACUGAGAUGGUUUUAAGACUUUCAACGCAAGCCUCUCAUUCAUUCCUUCAUUACAAGGUGUCUUCCUGAUUUUUCUCAUUAACAUUAUUGUGCCAAACCAUUCCUUCAUGUCUGUCCUGUUUUUAAGUGGAAUAUUAAACAUGUUUUACAUUAAAGUGAAAUAUUUCCAGA